AGCCGUUAGCUCGCUCUUCUUUUCGGCGAGCGCUUCGCCGCGGCGCGGACGGCUCUCCCUCUUGCCGCCGUUUCCCGGAGAUAAUGGCGCCCCUCGGUAGCUGACGUUCGUGGUUCCUCUCUUCCCCCUUCUCUGUCCUCCUCCUCCUCCUCCUCCUGUAGCCGCGGAAGGGACCGACUGUGAGGGAAGCCGACGCCUCCGGGCCUCGCGCGCAGCAGCAUCACCAUCAUGAAAGUCAUCGUCGGCAUUGGCGGGAUCACCAAUGGUGGGAAGACCACUCUGACCAACAAACUUAUGCAGGCACUGCCUAAUUGCAGUGUUGUGCAUCAAGACGACUUCUUUAAGCCCCAGGAUGAGAUAAAGGUUGAAGAUGGAUUUAAACAGUAUGAUGUUAUUAGUGCUUUGGACAUGGAUGCCAUGAUGAGUACCAUCAAUGCUUGGAAGAAAAACCCAGUCAAGUUUGAACGAUCUCAUGGCAUUAACACACUAGAUACUAGAACAAUAGAGGAUUCAGAGGAGAAUGAUACCAUCCAUAUUCUUAUCGUAGAAGGAUUCUUGCUUUAUACUUACAGGCCCUUGAUUGAUGUAUUUGACUACCGGUAUUUUCUUUCUAUUCCCUAUGAAGAAUGCAAGAGGAGGAGAAGUUCAAGGAAUUACACUGUACCAGAUCCACCGGGUUUGUUUGAUGGUCACGUCUGGCCCAUGUACAUCAAACAUAAGAUGCUAAUGGAAGACCUUAAUGUUGAUGUGGUUCAGUUGGAUGGAAAAAAAUCAAGAGAGGAGCUCUUUAAUGAAGUCUACGAACACAUUCAGAACAGCUUAGAAGAACUGCUGAGAUAGACAAGUGGUUGGAGGAUUCUUGUGAAGUAGAAGACACUUGUAACUUAUUUUUUUCUCUCCUACAUAUGCCUGGCUUGGCAGUAAAGUUCCAACUUCUAUGAAGAUUUUUUCCCCCUUUGCUUUUAAUAAAUACAUUUUUCUUGCUGACAAGUCUCUAAAAUGUGGCCUUGAUUAAAAAGCAUUUACCACCUUCAAAGCUU